UUCUUUGUUGCAGUAAGACUUAAUUUCACAAUGCAGUAUGUUGUAAUAUUACCUUGCGGAUUUGUCACGGAAACGAAGGAGAAAAUUGUUAAAAUUAAACAAUCUGUAAGCGUAAUUUCGAGUAACUCAACUUGCAAAGAUUUCAAUGCCCAAUUAAUAAUACUUCAAUUAUAAUAUGCGCAUUUCUACUGCAGGAAAACGUAUAGAAAUUAUAAAAAUGAAAUACUUUGAAACCUAGGAAAAAAGAAUAUAUUUACCACAUAAUUGAUCAAGUGAAGGUUUCAUGGGUACUUAGUAAUGAGUUCAUUGCUAUCCUUGCAUGGAGGAUCACUUAAAUUUACGCGUACAGUCCCUUUAAUCAAGAUUUUAAAGUCUUUAUGGUAUUUCGGAAGAUCUAGCAAUUUUAGAAACAAACUAAUCUAAGAUGCGCGCAAGCAUGACCAUACAUGUAAGAAAGAUGUUUUUAAAUUAUGUAUAAAGUGCAAAGUCUCAUCCUUUAUGGGUACUCAUGACUCAUCCUUGUUAAUUUUUUACCUCGGGUAAUUAUUCAAGAUAUUUUUACACGUAUUCUGCAGAAAGAUUGAGAAGAAAGUAUAUUUCCCGAAGCGUUCUGACAAAAAAGUUAUUAACAGUUUGUAGAUUUUGUCUUAUAUAAUUAUGCGUUUUUUUCUGACCGGACUGUCUCCGAUAUCUAAUUAUUUACUACGAUACCAUUAACCCCUAUAUUUGAGCAACAAAUAAGAUGAUAUCGUUUUUUUCUAUCUGGAAAACACAAGAAAUUUGUCUGUGCUGCAAAAUUUGUUUAAAAUUUUGUAUAGAAGAAAAAACUUACUUACUCAAACAAGGGUUUGGGGGAAUUUUUUACUACUGGUCAGUGCAAAAAUAUUGAUUGAUUGAUUGAUUUAUCGGGAUUUAUUUUCAUAUUUAUGAUGUUAAAAAAAAAUGUUUGUUAGUUUAUUUUCAGAUUCAGAAUGGAACUCCCGUUCGAAUCUCUAGCUCCUCCUGUACUUCAAGAUCAAAGAUCUAGCAUACAGAAUUAUAUACAGGGUAUUAAAACCAGAUCCCAAGGCGAUCAAGUGCUCAAAUUAAUGAUGUUGGAUCUUCUAAAACUGCAAUUUAAAUUAGAGGACAUUUUUCGGUUAAUUAAACAACUGAGCGUCCAUCUUGAGUAUGAAGAAGAGAAGGAAACUGUUAUAAAUGCUGCGCGGCAAAAUAUUAAUUCUAUUUGCUCGGUAAAUCAGCUGGGAACCGCGUGGCUUGAGAAUGGAAAUGGUCUUGAUCAAACUAUUUUAGCAUCGGCUUCAACUUCAGGAAAAGGCGGUGAAAAAGCCAUUACUCCUGAUGCUGAUCUGGGUCUAUACAAAUGGCUAUCUUGGGACGAAGUUAAAAUAGAUCUUGAAGAAACUGGGUUUCAGUUUGAUGAUGAAACCCCUGGUUUUGAUACAUCAAACAUAUCAAACUUUCCCAGUCUUAUUGUCAAGGAGGAAAAUUUACAAGGUGUUGAACCUCCAAACCAAGAGAGCAAGGAUGACCGAAAAGAAUUUCAAUGUCAACAUUGUGAGCUAGAUUUUUCCUCUAAAUUUCAACUGUUUAAACACAAGAAGAACGUACAUGAGGAGUCCUACUACUCCUGCAAGGAGUGCAGUUACACCUCAGUUCUCAAAUCCACACUUCGCCAGCAUGUGCAACAUAAACACAAAGAAGGGUUAAGCCAGAACAAGAAGAAAAUCCACUUCUGCGUUGAUUGUGACUUCGUGGGACCUACUCAUAAGAAGCUUUUGGAGCACAGAAAGAAAUUGCACAAGAAUUAUUCGUGCGAAUUUUGUGAGUUUUCAACGAAAAAUUUUAAGUGUCUGAAAAAGCACACGGAAAGGGUUCAUGGCACAAAUAAGCAACCCUGUCAGUUCUGUUCUUAUGAAGGAACAAAUGAAAUGUGUUUGAAAAGACACAUUAAGAUAUAUCAUCCUGACCUUUCCAAUCCCAGCUGGACUAAAUGUGCAAAGUGUGACUUUUUAGCCGAAACCACGGAGCACAUGAAAAUACACAUUGAAACUCAACAUUGCACCGAGUCUCCGUGUGAGGAAUGUGAUUUUGUCGGUAAAACAAAAACGAAAUUAAAGCAACACAUUCAAAACUGUCAUUCUGAAGUUAUAUAUAGAUGUGAUCAGUGCGUAUAUUCUACUAAAUCCAAAUCAAAUCUCAGAUUACACGAGGAGGCGAGACACAUGAACAACAUGUACCUCUGUGAUCAAUGCGAUUAUAUUGGUAAAACUACAUUGCUGCUCCAAAGACACAUCAAAUAUAAACAUGAUGGAGUUUCUUUUCCAUGUGAUCAAUGUAACUACGUCGGGGCGUCAUUAGUCCGUGUCAAAUCACACAAAGAGACUCAACAUGAACCUCCCAAAUUCUUCUGUGAUAAAUGUGAAUAUUCAGCAACGCUGGCAAAGUUUUUGCAAGCUCAUAUUGAGAGUGCUCAUGAAAAAAUAAGAUAUCCUUGUAAUUUAUGUGAUCAUGCGUCGACAUCACAAGGCAAUCUUAGACAACAUAAGAGACGAGUACAUAAAUUAGAGCCAAAAGAUACAUUUGAUUGAUUGAUCGAAAUUUUAGUAUAUAAAAUUAAAAAAUCGCACGAAAUUUUCGGCUUUCACAGUUGUCUCAACACUAGAAACAUUCUAUUUCCGAUAAAUCAUAGAUUUUUGAUAGUCUUGUGUUGAGCAAGCGGGAUUAAAGUUGAAAAACGCGAUUUUUCUCCUUCUUUGAAUGUUUGACCAUCAAAAAACAAGAAAUCUUGAAAAUCAAAUAUCGUUUAAACAAUGAUAAAAUAUUUCAAAAAAGCUUUAAAAUUGGAGUUUAUAGUAAACAUCUUAGCAGAAAAUAGUCAAAGAAGAUUAUAAAUGGCCGGUUUACUUAGGAAAAUAUUUUAUAAUGCUAUGGUAUUGAGCUAGUUUUACUAUAAUACUACUUUAAGCCGUGAUUAUGCCGUUUUAAAAGAAUCACAUAUUAACUCGAGCCUUACCUUUAUCAUGUACUAGCUUGAGAACCCAGCGUUGCCCAGGGUACUCAAUACUCAUGGUUACUCCCGCCGUUUACCCGCGCAUGGUUGUAAAUUACAAUUUUAGCUAUUUUAUAUAAAGGUUGGAGACCAACUUAACUUAGAAUCUCAAAACUAAGAACAUUCACGUGGUUCUCCAGAGUUCUCCCAUCAACAUUUGUGGCAAAUUGAUUGAGAGGUUCAUGUCCUGUGUAAGCUGGGAGAGCUGUGAAAACGUAGCAUCAAGUGAACUAGUCCUGACCUGUCACUGAAGGAAAAAGAAAUUAAAAGAGACAGUUGGCUGAAAGUCUGAAAUACUUUUAAGAUACAGAAAUUGUUGGUAACAUGGAAACCGAGCAACACGGAAACGGAUCAAAUUGACUUUUGAGGAAUUUCAAAGAAUUCCCUCAAAAGCUCAGAAUUGUUGAGGGAUUUCCGAAUAUUUUGUAUCCGUUUCCCAAUAUUUAUAGUUGAAUGGUUUCCUCUUUUUUUUCUGGUCGGUUUCCUCAUUCUUUCUGAUCCAUUUCCACAUAGUUUUGAUCUGUUGCCGCUUUUUUCAAUAACUUUUAAAAUCUUAAUUUGUUGAUCGGUUUCCUCGAAUUUUGUUUAACUGUGAUCGGUGCGUUUAUUAUGGCAAUAAAAAUGUAAUUUAAUCCCAAACGUUAAGCUUCUAACUUAAUUAGAUUUAACAAAUUCUAUAUUAUGAAGUAUUCUCCUAGAGGUAUUAUUUUCUGAAGAUUGAAAUAUAUUCCAAGGCCACGAGUUUAUGAGUAAAAACAUUUUCAUUAAAUGGAUAUCAUAUUAAAAACAUAUCCUUCAUUAUAAACAUUCAAUUUCAAUUUCAGACUAAAAUGGAGCUUCCCUUCGAGGUUCUGAACCAGACAGAUUUAGAUACUGAGAGAACUAAAUUAAACAAAAAUAUUCAGG